UUAUAAGAGGUUUCAUCAUUUAGUUUAGCAAAUAUUCAUACAUGGGUUGAUACACUAAAUGAUAGGAUGGGAAGAAGACCUCAAGAUCUGAUUAAUUUUCAAAGAUUUGUGAUGUGAUAGAAUACAAAGUACAUGUAAAAAUGGGUGAAGCAGACACAGUCAGUUCAUUGCAUUCAAAACAUGAGAAGCAUUUGAGAGAGUUGAUAUGUGGAACAGCAGCGAGAGAGACAUACUUUCUGCAUACCAUAUGUGCAUAUGGUGUACUAGAUCGAGAUGCAUUACAAGAUAUCGAUAAUCAACUACCUGAGUCUGAUAUUGAGUAUUUAUUGGAACAUUAUGAACAGCAGGGAGGGUCGGUGUUUCAGUUCAUAACUUGGUGUUACAUUCAAGGAUAUUUCGAUUCUUAUGAAUCCCAGUCUCAUAUGAGUGGAAUUGAUACAAAACUGUCAAAUAAAAAUGCCAGGAAGUGUUCCCAGUUUGCCUAUACAGAGCAUGAUUCUGCUUUGAAUGGUGACAUAAAUAGCAUCAAGUCCAACAACAAUAUUAUGGAGUAUGUUUACAUUGACAUUAAUGCCCAAGAUUCAUAUGGUUUAACAGCUCUAGAAUAUGCCAUGAUAUACGAAAGAUGGGAUUUGGUUAAGUUGCUGUUCCAAAUCCCUCAGUUCAACCCAAACACAUUGUUGCAUUUCACGAUAACAGGACUCGAUCCUUCUGCUGGGAUUCUCUUCCAGACUCGGCCUUUGGUUGAUAUGGUCAUGGAGAGAGCCAUUUCAGCCCAUAGCACCGAGAAGAAGGAGCAGCUGUUGAAUGGGUUGGUAUGGAGACACAGGAUUGAUUUAUUGAUUAGUCUGCUAAAGCAGCCCAAUUUAGACGUGAAUUCAUUGGACUGUGAUGGUGAAUCAGCAUUAUACUCAGCUUCAAAACAAAACCAACAGGAUAUUGUGAAACUAUUACUAGAGCACUCACGUAUAGAUGUAAAUCAGCAUUGUAUAGAUGGUAGAACAGCUUUACAUGUUGCUAUUUUUAACAAUUGUCACAGUGCGGCAGAACUUUUACUUACUCACUCAAACAUUGAUGUCAAUGUAUGCGAUAGUCAGGGAACAUCUCCUUUGAUGUUGUGCGCCAAUAAACCUCAACUUUUAGAGUCAUUGUUAAUGCUGUGUGAUGAUAUUAAUGUUAAUGCUGUUGACUCAAUCAAUGGCUUUACUGUAUUACAUAGAGCUGUCCUUGAGAGGAAUGAUGAAUCAUGUAGAAUCUUAUGUGGAGAUCCACGUGUCAAUCCCCUUGUGAGAGAUAAGUAUUCUCACACUCCUUUGGGAAUCCUUGAGCAUAAAAGCUGGACUACGCAAUGUUCAGAAAUUAUGGUUAUUCUCCUUAAUAAAGAACAAGAAUACAGGGCAGCCAAACCACUAAGCGUCAUACAGGCAAUAAAGCAGCUGGGUUAUGCAAUUGAUCAGUCUGAACAUACUCCUAGUAAGAAAGCUUGGCUAAAGGAAGACCUGGUGAUACUCCAACUAAAGCUCUCCAAACUAUCAGCUGACCAACCCAACACCCUUGAAGGCUUACUUAUGCCUGUAAUCCAACGAAAAUGCCUCGUCAAACAUUAUGACCUUCUCUGUGAUAAACUCAUCCCAAAGAAUUACAUGUCAUGUUUAAGAGCCAAAGGAGUUUUAACGGAAAGCCAACUGGAGGCCAUACAGGGCAAACCAACAUGUCGUGAACAAAGUGAGGAGUUGCUGAAGUGUCUUCCAAGGUGUGGGAAUAAUGCAUUUGAUGUGUUCUGUGAUGUUUUAAUCAUAUCUAACCAGGCAUCAAUUGCAGACAUGUUGAGGUCAUGGGUAAAGGAGAAGACAAGCGAAGACAAUUUGAAAGAAAAGUUAUAACUGUGAUAAUAAGACUACAUGUAUUAUAACAAUUGUGAUAUAUAUUAGGCUAUAUGCAUAAUAUAAUUGGUACAAACAAUGUAGAUUUCAACAAUAAAAC